AUGAACGAUCCUGAGAAUACCGAUCUGAGCAACGACGACUCUGCUUGGGGAGAACUCACAGCCACAGAUUCUGACUACUUCUUAGACAGAGACACUUCCAAUAUACUCUCUGACUUCGGAUGGAACCUACACGCCUCCUCCUCCGAUCAUCACAAUCUCAGAUUCAACUCCGGUUCAAUACAAACCGCCGGAGUCCAACCUUCCAAGCCCCUUCCAAAUCUACAAUCCACCUCUUCUUGUUCCCCUUCCGCCGUAGCGGUCACAGAGGUUUCGACCUCUAAUAAUCCAUCAGCUACCUCCAGCUCAAGCGAGGAUCCGACUGAGAACUCAACCGCCUCCGCCGCUAAAACACCAGAGACACCAAAGAAGGAGAAGAAGAAGGCUCAAAAGCGAAUUAGGCAACCGAGAUUCGCAUUCAUGACCAAGAGUGAUGUAGAUAAUCUUGAAGAUGGAUAUAGAUGGCGUAAAUAUGGACAAAAGGCUGUCAAGAAUAGCCCAUUCCCUAGGAGCUACUAUAGAUGCACGAAUAGUAGAUGCACGGUGAAGAAGAGAGUGGAACGAUCAUCAGAAGAUCCAUCGAUAGUAAUCACAACAUACGAAGGACAACAUUGCCAUCAAACCAUUGGAUUCCCUCGAGGUGGAAUCCUCACAGCUCACGACCCUCAUAAUUUCACAUCUCAUCAUCAUCUCCCUCCUCCAUUGCCAAACCCUUAUUAUUACCAAGAACUCCUUCAUCAACUUCACAGAGACAAUACUACUUCACCAAGAUUACCCCAAUCUACUACUCAAAAUGCACCAGUAGUGUCGUCUAAUCCCUCUGAACAAGGAUUACUCGGUGAUAUUGUACCUCAAACCAUGCGCAAGCCUUGA